AACAUAUCAAGCUCAGAGCCUCAGAGCGCCAGCCAAGUCUUGCGGUCGCGAAGAGCAACGCAACAAGAUGGUGAAGCUCGCAUUCGGAAGCGUCGGCGACUCCUUCAGCGUCACCUCCAUCAAGGCCUACGUGGCGGAGUUCAUCGCCACCCUCCUCUUCGUCUUCGCCGGCGUGGGUUCCGCCAUCGCCUUCGGGCAACUGACGAAUGGCGGCGCGCUGGACCCUGCGGGACUGGUGGCGAUCGCGGUGGCGCACGCGCUGGCCCUCUUCGUGGGCGUCUCCGUGGCCGCGAACACCUCCGGCGGCCACCUGAACCCCGCCGUGACGUUCGGCCUGGCCGUGGGCGGCCACAUCACCGUCCUCACCGGCCUCUUCUACUGGGUGGCCCAGCUGCUGGGCGCGUCCGUGGCGUGCCUGCUCCUCAGGUUCGUGACCCACGGCAAGGCCAUCCCGACCCACGGCGUCUCCGGCGGCACCACCGAGCUGGAGGGCGUCGUGUUCGAGAUCGUCAUCACCUUCGCGCUCGUCUACACCGUGUACGCCACCGCCGCCGACCCCAAGAAGGGCUCCCUCGGCACCAUCGCGCCCAUCGCCAUCGGCUUCAUCGUCGGCGCCAACAUCCUCGCCGCGGGGCCCUUCAGCGGCGGCUCCAUGAACCCCGCCCGCUCCUUCGGCCCCGCCGUCGCCGCGGCCGACUUCGCCGGCAACUGGGUCUACUGGGUCGGCCCGCUCAUCGGCGGCGGACUCGCUGGCCUCGUCUACGGCGACGUCUUCAUCGGCGGCUCCUACCAGCAGGUCGCCGACCAGGACUACGCCUAAGUAGUGUGCUCCGUUCGUCUGGAUUCAGCUCAUCCAACGCAGGCGCGCGUUUCGAUCGGCGUCGUCAUUUGCUUUGCUCUUCAUUUCAUCACGUUAUGUAACGUGCCAAUGAUGUGUGUCGUCCUGGUCUGUUCCAUUCCGUCCUUGUAUUCAUUUCCCUUCUUUUUUCGGGGUAAAAUCGAUGUAAAGAUCUCAUCCGAUCUGCCGUUUUCGAUCGCCUUGGAGUGGGAAAAAACAGGUGAUUUUCGUUUCG